AGCAUUUUAUUCGCAGAAGCUUGUGAACUUGUGAAGUGUUCACAAGGUGUGGUUGUGCAAGGUUUGGCUUCGACCAGGAUGAUGCUUCAGGUCGAUGUAUCACAGUGCUUUCGACCCCCGCCCGGACUGGAAUCCUUUGGUCCAUGCCCUAUGUCUUACAAUUUGACGCUGGGCGAUGCCAAGGAUCCAGAGGACGGCUGUACCACGAGCACAGACAGUACGGCACCAUCCUCACCCGCAUCAUCCUACAAUCCUGGCCAGGUCUUACAAUCGAUUGCCUCUGCUGCAAAGGUUCCCAUCCAACUGCACCUCGAGCAAAUGGUUCCGGAGGACGCCCCGCAGACGCCGCCUUGGCCGUCUCUCGGUUCAGCGACGCAUGCCCUGGGCAUUUGCAAGCCCUGCGACUUCCAACACCGUACCAGCUGCAGGGCCGGAUACAAAUGCCAGUUCUGCCACCUAUGCCCUCCGGGAGAGAAUCGACGCCGCAAGAAGCAGAAGCAGGCUGCUGCCAAGUUGUGCCGGCGCAUGGAGGCUGCUGGCGUGGAGGCACCGACGGUGACUGAGAUUAUUGCCAACUUGAAAUGGGAGAAGAUCUGAGGGCCCACACUUUUGACUCUCCGGUGACAAAUCUGGAGGUUCUCUUUGUGGCCAGUGUUGCUUCUAAGUCGACAUAGGAGCGUUUGCCUGCGAUUGCGAUAGAGACAUUCUCGUACCAAUUGCGGGCUGGAGCAACAUUUGUCAUCCGUCAUCCGUC